AUGGCUGACUUUGCAAAAUCAAUACUUGGAUUGCGAGGUUUUUAUAGAAAAGAUGGAAGUAAUGGCAUUAGACCUGAAGCUGAUCAAGAGAAUCAACCUAUUGCAGAGGGAGAACAGCAGCACAUCGUCGAAAACCAGAGUAAAUUUUGGCCCAAAGGUUUGUCGAAUGCAGCCCCAGCUACAGCUGUUUCGAACAAUUCCCUAGUAUAUGGCACUACAACGAAUCUCAAUACUGGAGUUUCAGAAACUUAUUUAAAUCAAGCUUUUCGGACUAAUGGACUAAAUUCGGACCUGAGUGCUUCGAGUCAGUACGGGCAACAUGAAAGGCAACAGCAUAAUCAAAAUUAUGAAGAGCUCAAUGAAGCAUAUGACUCGAUUGACAAUCCUAAGAGAGCCGAACACUUCACCCAGGGCCAACCCUUGAUUAUAACGACAGAUGAGAACGGAAAUACACUCCGUCACCUGAAAGAUAGUCAACCAAAGGGUAAGUUGAAAGUUACCAUAGUCGAAGCGAAGGACCUACCUGCAUCACAGCCCUAUGUUGUGUGUACGUUCGAAAGCUCGGAAUUUGUCACUGCUGCUCCAGGCUCUUUUGGCAAGUCUCCGCUACAUAACCAUGAUUUUUCAAGAGCAGCUGUUCCAAUGAGAAAUCAUCCAUCUGCGAUGUAUCAGAGACAAUCAUCAUCUCAUCAGUUAAAUAUGGCAGGCUCUACUAAUCCAAUUUGGAAUCAUGAGGCGAUGUUCGAUGUUGUGGGAUCUAAAUCUGAGCUCGAUAUAUCUGUUUAUGAUGCAGCUCGUGACGAUGAAUUUCUUGGUCAUUUAAAAGUAUUUCCUCCCACAAACGCAGAUAAAAAUAGCUCAUCGGAAUGGUGGAAGCUAAAGCCGAGGAUUAUUGGUGAAAGAGUACAAGGUAGUAUUAAAAUUAAGUGGGAAUAUUCCUCUUUGGAAAAGAAGUCUUUUGGGCCCGAUGAUUUUGAUAUAUUGAGACUAUUGGGAAAGGGCACUUUUGGUCAAGUAUAUCAAGUUAAGAAAAAGGAUACGGAAAGAAUUUAUGCCAUGAAGGUUCUUUCGAAGAAAGUCAUUAUUAAGAAAAAGGAGAUUGCUCACACAAUUGGCGAGAGGAAUAUCCUCGUACGUACUUCAGCAGCAGCUUCUCCUUUUAUUGUUGGCUUAAAGUUCUCUUUUCAAACCCCAACGGACUUAUAUCUUGUCACAGACUACAUGUCAGGGGGCGAGUUAUUUUGGCAUUUACAGAAAGAAGGUAGGUUUGCUGAAGACAGAGCAAAAUUCUAUAUCGCAGAACUUGUUUUAGCAUUACAGCGUUUGCAUGAUAAUGAUAUUGUGUACCGUGAUUUGAAGCCUGAAAAUAUUCUUUUGGAUGCUAAUGGUCAUAUUGCCUUAUGCGAUUUUGGUCUUUCUAAGGCUAACUUGAACAACGAUGGAACAACGAACACAUUCUGUGGUACCACUGAAUACCUUGCGCCUGAGGUUCUUUUGGAUGAAUCGGGAUAUACUAAGAUGGUCGACUUUUGGUCAUUGGGAGUCUUGAUAUUUGAAAUGUGUUGUGGAUGGUCACCAUUUUACGCAGAUAAUACGCAGCAAAUGUAUAAGAAUAUUGCAUUCGGUAAGGUCAGAUUUCCUAAGGAGGUAUUGAGCCCAGAAGGAAGAUCAUUUGUAAAGGGUCUUUUAAAUAGAAAUCCUAAGCACAGAUUAGGCGCUACCAAUGAUGCAGCAGAGUUGAAAGCCCAUCCUUUUUUCCAUGAUAUAGAUUGGAAUCUUUUGAGGGAAAAGAAUAUCCCACCUCCAUUCAAGCCACAUUUAUCUUCAGAGACUGACACUUCUAACUUUGACCCCGAGUUUACUUCGGAAUCAACUUCAGUGUUAAGAAAACAAAUGGAGUUCGCAUCCACUCCGUUGUCUCCUGGAAUGCAAGCUAAUUUCAAAGGCUUUACAUACGUUGAUGAUUCAACAAUGGAAGAUCAAUUUGACAAAUUCCAUAGAAUGAACACUUUCAAGGGGCCAGGCUCUUUUAUACCUGGUGAUCCUAACUUGCCCCCUGAUGAAGACGUUAUAGAUGACGACCAAAUAGACGAGAAGGAUGAGAUGGAAAUAGAUGAAGAUCAUCAUAUGGAUGAUGAAGAAUUUGUUAAUGGAAGGUUCGAUCUUUAA